UGGGUUCUUGCGUAUCAAACAAAAGGUCUGCUGAUUCCAAGUGGGAAGCUCUCACCAGGAAGAGAACAAGAACAAGAAUAUCCAGAUGGGACGAAGGAGCCCAUGCUUUAAGGGAGGCACACCCCCUUUGCCAUCAUCAGGACAUUCUAAUCACCCAGAUCUUCCCCAGGCUGGACUGGGAGGGGCAGUCUGCUGUGCAGAGUGUGUGCAAGAAGUGGCGUCGGUGGGCCAAGCUGCGGUACCGCCUCCCAUACCACUACCCUCAAGGAUGCUACCGUGCAUGGCUGCGUGAGUGGGUCAUCAUGGACAUCAUUGACAAUGAUGGUCGUGACUUCCACGCCUGGUUGGACAAGGACAUGACCGUCUACUUUGACGGCUUCCCCCUCCUUUUCAAGGAAGAGGAAGAGUAGCUGGUGGUGGAGGCCAUGCAGGGUGGGUGGUGGUGGCGCUGGUGGUGGCCCCUCUUUUGUCAAGCUUUUGUUGAUCCAGCUUGUUUAUAGCUUUUUUUAUUUUUAAUUUUCAAGGACAAUUACAUUACUACUGUCAUUGCAAUGUUGGUUUUUGUGGAAGGUGACAAAUGUUGGUUUUUGGUAUUUGUCACUGCUAUGACAGUAGUUUAUACUUAACCGUAGGCUUCUCCCUCAAUAGUGGAUUGAGGUUGUAAUGUAAGGGUUGAAGCCUACCCUUUUGUAAAUUCAAAUGGAAUGAUCAUGAUGAAUGAAUGAAGAUAACUGUUUCCUUUUGUUAUCUCUUGUGUUGUUAUUCAAGCUUUCAUUUGGUUUGAUUUCUUAAAGUUUUGUUCUUUUAAUUGAUAUUGUUUUAACUUUGAUCAGAUGAUGUUGAUGAUUUGACUUUGAACCCUUGCAUAUAUGUGCAUCAUGGUGGUGAAUGGGUUGUGCAAGGUGAUAUGGUUUAUAGUGGGGGGAGGGUGGAUGUCUUUGAUUACAUCCAUGAGAAUGCAGAUGGCAAAUAUGUUAAGGAAUUAGUGGAUAGUUUAGGUUAUAAUGAUAUAGAGAAAGUACAUUUCUGGGACCCUAGGAAAGAAUUCAAGAAUGGGGUUAGGUUUUUAGGUUUUGAUAGUAGUACUUGUGACCCUUUCUUAGCUUUACUCUUUGAAUACAAAAGCAUUCAUAUAUACAUUGAACAUAAAAUCAAACCCACCUACAACUUUAACCUAAACAGGAGUGCAGGAGGGGGAGGAGGGAGAGGUAGCUUCCUUGAGUUGUUGAAUACUGAUGUGGUUGACUUAAAUUCUGAUUAUGUGGAACCACCUUUUACAGUACUCCCACCCAAACAAACUGAAACUCAACCUGAAACUCAACCUGAAACUCAACCUGAACCUCAUAUUCAACCUCAAAAUGUGCCUCAACCUGAAAUUGAUUAUGAUUCAGAGGGUACAGAUGAAGAUGAUGAUGAGUUAGCCACUGCUAGGUCUAAGAUAUCUGAUGAUAUGAGAAGGGAAAAGGCUUAUUUUGAGGAGUUAGUAAUGCUGAAAAAACUAGCAGAAAGUAAAGUAGAAGGUGGUCUGAAUUUGGGGGAUGACUUUGAUGGAUACAGUGACUUAGACAGCCCUAGUGAGUCAGAAGAUGAGGAUGAUGUUGGUUACUUAGUUGCACCACAACACCAUAAGAGGGGGAGAGGGAAACAGAAGCAAAACGACACUGAAACUGAAGAGAGGGAAGCCACUUUUUAUGUUGGGCAACAGUUUGAGAAUCCAAAGACAUUUAGGAAAGCAAUCAUAGAUUAUUCAAUUGAUAAAGGAAGAAACAUUCCAUUUUCUAAAAAUGAUUCCAGUAGGGUUUGUGCAGAGUGUGAGCACAAAGAUAAAGGUUGUAAAUGGAGAAUUUGGGCUUCAUGGGAGAGAGGAAGAAGGUCAUUUACAGUGAAAACAUUUGUCAGUGAGCACACUUGUGGUAGGACACCUAUCAUUAAGAAGAUGACUUCACAUUGGAUUGCAGAACACUACCAGAAUCUGUUUAAGGUUAACCCUUACUCCCAAGUGAAGUUGAAGUUGGAUGCAAAUGUGUUUGACAGACUGUAUUUGUGUUUUGAGGCACUUAGGAAAGGGUUCUUGGCAGGAUGCAGACCUUUCAUAUCACUUGAUGGAUGUUUCUUAAAGGGACCAUAUGGGGGUCAAUUGUUAGUAGCAGUAGGGAGGGAUGGAAACAAUCAAAUGUUCCCUUUGGCUUGGGCUGUUUGUGAGGUUGAGAGCACUGACACAUGGAGUUGGUUUCUAGAACUUUUAGCUACUGAUUUAGGCACUAGUGAAGGAGCAGGGUACACUUUCAUGUCUGACCAACAAAAGGGUUUACUUGCUGCUGUGUCAAAUGUGUUUCCACAAGCUGAAAGUAGGGUGUGUGCAAGGCAUGUGUACUGUAACUUUAGGGGAGUGUUUGGAGGUGGUUUAGAGUACAGAAAACAAUUUUGGACUAUUGCAAAAAGCAACACAGUAAAUCACUUCAAUGAAAACAUUGAAGUAAUGAGGGGUAUUUCACAUGAAGCUGCUGAAGACCUACUGAAAAGGAACUACAAGAAAUGGUGUAGGGCAUUCUACACUCCAUUAUCUUGUUGUGACAGUGUAGACAACAACAUGAGUGAGGUGUUUAAUGCAUACAUCUUGAGUGCAAGGCACAAGCCUAUUAUUACCAUGUUGGAAGAUAUCAGAGAGGGUUUGAUGGAAAGACUGCAUAAGAAAAGAGAUUUCAUUGGGAAAAAGGAGAUAAUGUUGUGUCCUAGGAUCCAAAUUCAGUUAGAGAAACACAAAAUUUGGGCUAGGGGUUGGAAUGCAUACUGGGAUGGUGGGUUUUGCUAUGGAGUAAGAGAAGGUGCAACACAGGUUAAGUAUGUGGUGGAUCUGAACCAACAUACUUGCAGUUGCAAUGCAUGGCAGGUGAGUGGGAUUCCAUGCAAACAUGCAAUUGUUGCUAUAUGGAAUAAAGUAGACCACCCAGAACAAUAUGUCAAUGCAUAUUUCUGCAAACAGACCUACAUGAAGGCAUAUGAAUUUUUGUUAGAGCCUUUAAAUGGUCCUCAAGAGUGGCCUACUUCUGAUAGCAUUGUUGUGGCUCCAAAGGUGAAAAAGGUCAAUGGAAGACCUAAAACAAAGAGGAGAUAUGGUGUUGGAGAGGUAACUGCAUCUGGUAAGCUGAAGAGAACAGGUUGUUCUAUGAAAUGCAGCUUAUGUGGUGUGAUAGGCCACAACAAAAGGGGUUGCAAGAAUGCCCCUAAGCAACAACAACACAGCAACAAUCAUGCUACUGCAGAGCAGACCACACCACAGCAACAACACCCAAGAACCAGUUCAGCUAUACCAAUGCACAAUAGGGGUGUGGGUAUUUAUACCUACCCAAAUGGGUAUCAAAGAAUAGCUACUCCUAUAUCACAACACUUCCCCACAUCACAGAGGCAAAGACCUCCUGCAGCUUUCUAUUCUGAUCAUGGGGGUGAGCAAACCAUCUACUCCUUCCCUGCACAUGACUUCCCAUUGUCACAGACUCAACCAAGUCAAGGACACACAAUAUCAAGCCAAGCAUUGCAGGAUCUUGCAAUGGCUAGAAGAUUAGAAAAAAGACCAUGA